AUGGCCACAAAACGCACAGCAUUUUCGACAGUGGGCGAUAUUGAGAGCACCAGCGGCGGUGCCGACGACCAUGGCAUCACCGUCGACGAGAAGCACCCGGCCAGUGCCGAUGUCAAGUCCGAGAAGGCCGGCCAUGACUUCGCUCUGUCGACGGGCGCCGAUCUGCCGUCGUACGAGGCAGAUGCUCGCAAGCGGCUGGGCGAGUCGUCGUCGGACGAUGUUGGCACCGGCGUCGUGGCGACGGCCGAGGAUCUCGUCACGCGUGUCAUUGACCUCGAGGACGACCCGACCCAGAACCCCUGGACCUUUCGCGUGUUUUUCCUAGGCAUCGGUCUCUCCACAUUCGGCGCCGUGCUGCAGGAGAUCUUCUACUUCAAGCCGCAGACCAUUUACGUGUCGGUCAUUUUCCUGACGGUGCUGGCCUACAUCCUGGGCGAGGCCAUGUCCUACGCCAUCCCGCGCAAGGGCGCCAUUGGCCGCUUCCUCAACCCGUUCCCCUUCCACAUGAAGGAGCACGCGUCCAUUACGCUCAUGGCCUCGGCCGCGUCGCAGUCCGCGCUCGCCACCGAGGCCCUGGCCGCCCAGGAGCUGUUCUACGGCGGCUACCCCAACAAGGCCGCUGGCAUUUUCAUCGUCAUCACGUCGCAGCUCAUCGGCUUCGGCCUGGCCGGCCUGCUGCGCGAGGUGCUCGUCUACCCGACGCACAUGCUGUGGCCCAUGAACCUGCCCAUCACGUCGCUGCUCGAGUCGCUGCACGGCGACAAGGCCAUUGCCAAGCAGCGCCUCAAGAUCUUCUACAUCAUCUUCUUUUUCUUUUUGGUCUGGGAGAUCUUCCCCGAGUACAUCUUUACCGUGCUCGAGGGCGUCUCCAUUUUCUGCCUGGCCAAGCAGGACAGCCUCGUCUUCACCAACCUGUUUGGCGGCGCCAGUGGCAACGAGGGCAUGGGCCUCCUGGCGCUGAGCUUCGACUGGAACUACAUUGCGCCCUUUGGCAGCCCGCUCUGGCUGCCGCUGCAGACGCUCGUCAACGAAUACAUUGGAUACAUGGGCUGCAUCGUCUUCUUCAUGGGCCUGUACUACAGCAACACCUACCGCUCGCAGGACUUCCCCUUCCUCGCGCAGGCCUUGUUCAACAGCUCGUCCAACGGCACCGUCUACCAGGUGUACGACCAGACGACGAUUCUCAACGACAAGUUUGAGAUUGACCCGGCGCUGGUCGCCCAGCAGGGCACGCCGUGGCUCACGGGCUCGUACCUGGGCUACCUCAUCACCUCCAACAUGGGCUUCACCGCCACGUUUGUGCACAUGCUGCUCUGGAACUUUGACGACAUCAAGUCCGGCUGGUCCUGGGCCAAGCCGGCCAACCUCAAGAAGCUGCUGCGCGCCGACACCUGGAAGUUCUGGGUGCCCAAGGAGACCCCCGAGGAGCGCUUCGACCGCAAGGCCAACGACCCCAAGCUCGACCCCCACUACAAGCUGAUGCUGUCCAACUUGUACCAGGAGGUGCCGCUGUGGUGGUGGGGCGCCGUGCUCGUCAUCUGCUGGGCCGUCGGCCUCGGCUGUCUGUACUCGCUCAAGUCGACGCUGCCCUGGUGGGGCUUCCUGGUCAGCACCAUCAUGCUGACCAUCUUCCUGCUCUUCUUCGGCGCCCAGUACGGCAUCACGGGCUUCCAGUACAACAUCCAGCCCAUCUGCCAGACCCUGGCCGGCUACAUGUUCCCCGGCCGCCCCCUCGCCAACAUGUACUUUACCUGCUUCACCUUCAACUCCAUGCAGCAGGCGCAGCUGCUCGCCCGCGACCUCAAGCUGGCACAAUACGUCCACCUGCCGCCGCGCCACACCUUCACCAUCCAGGUCAUUGGCUGCGUCGUGGGCGCCAUCCUCAACUGGGUCAUGAUGCUGACCAUUGUCCAGAACCAGGCCCCCAUCCUGACGGGCAUCGUCGGCUCCAACAUCUGGUCCGGCCAGAACGUCCAGCAGUUCAACACGCUCGCCAUCUCCUGGAGCAUGGCCUCCGACAUGUAUUCCAUCGGCGCCAAGUACGAGUGGGUCACCAUUGCCUACCUGCUCGGCUUCCUGGCGCCCUUCCCGCUCUGGAUCGCCAACAAGUUCUAUCCCCACAAGGCCUUCCGCUACCUCAACACGUCCAUCAUUCUCUGGCAGAUGGGCUACCUGUUUGUCGGCAUCAACGCCGCCAUCACCAUGUUCUUUGGCCUCGGCUUCAUUGCCCAGUGGUACCUGCGGCGCAAGUACCCGUCCUUCUUCGUCAAGUACAACUACAUCACCUCGGCCGCCCUCGACGGCGGCACCCAGGUCAUGGUCUUCAUCCUGACCUUUGCCGUCUUUGGCGGCAGCGGCACCACCCGCCCCUUCCCCAUCUGGGCCGGCAACCCGGACAGCUCGCUGCACAACCUCGACUACUGCAUGGUCAACACCGCCGAGACCGUCUAG